AUGGAGAACACGGCAUACAUACAAAUGAAGCCCUUUGUCUAUUCUGCUCCCAGAACCAGCGGCCAACAGGACCCUCACGGACUCCACGGGCCUCCAUGGGCUAAGUCCGAUACCAUAGACCCUUAUCUACCGGUCCUCCUCCAGACCAGACGUCUGGCAGGAUCUUACUGGCUGGAAAUCUAUGGCCGUGUUGGUUGGGUUGUUUCGGGUAUUCUAGAGGUUCGGAAGGGUAAAAUUGAAGAGGCAGAAGAGGAAGAAGAGGAAGAAGAGGAAGAAGAGGAAGAAGAGGAAGAAGAGGAAGAAGAGGAAGAAGAGGAAGUUAUAUAUAAAAUUCGGGUCAGAGGAAAAAUCCCAUGCCCGCCCACCACCCAACCUCGACUCCUCCGCUCCGUCCAAAGUUACGUGGAGUCUAGAUAA